AUGCUGCAGGCACUUCUAGAUGGCACCCUGCCCCAGAAAGUCGAAGUGGGAGACCAAUCGCACAGCCGAUUACGGGCCUACUUCGACGACGCCCUUUUCGAUGAUUAUCUCAAAGCUGUGAGCACGAAAUCGAGACCUCCACCUAUCAGCACUUGGGCUCUAAGAUCGAAAGGGAACAACAGUCCUGCCUUCUACGUACGGUGUUUUAUCAGCGACAUUGGCGACUCUCCUACACCAAGACAAUUUCGAACGAUCAUCGCUUGUACGCGACAGUACAUAUCAGGAGACCCAGACCAUGCCAAGCUAUGUCUUCGCAUCGACAACGAGUCUCGGGCCAACCGCUCCGACGAGGAAGAUAUCACCCACGGCCGCCACUAUUUUCUCGCGGGCAGCGCACGGGGUGUGGAGAUCAUCGCGACCUUUUGCGGAGCAUUGGAAGGACUACUCAACGAAGGCGACGAUCAUACGCAAGACAUACCGUUUCCGCACAUGUUCAAGUAUAUCAAAUACACAGAGAAGGAAGGCGCCCAUAACAAGCCCAUAUUCAAGUGGAAAACAUACGUUAUCGGAUACCCAAUCAGCGUCGACGAGUGCAAACUCGGGAAGGAGCUGUUCGCCCGUUUGACAGAAAGUUACUUCAACAGUGACAUCGGCUUCAAUAUCGCACCCGCAGGCCUCAGCUUGUCGCGCAUGGAAAAGCUCGUUCAGGAACGCAAGCAGCGUGUCGAAAAUCUUACAAGAGAUGAACGUACAAAAGAUGGAAAGAUCGAGAAAGCGAUACAGGAUUUGCGUGCGGUGCAGCGUCAAACACAAGACAUGUGCACAGACCCAGAAAUGCGGGCCGCUAAGGUGCGCCACGAUGAAGCCUUCUGGGAACGUAUGACCGCUACGCAAAAGGACAUCCAGGAACAAGAAAAGGACAUCCAGGAACAAGAGGAAGCGAUAGAACGGGAAUGA